GAGGAUACAUUCUCUCUCCAUUCUGAUCAUUCAGCUUCGAUCAAGCUUUAAAGCCAAUUACUUUCUUUAUCCUACAGGCAUACACUUCCUAUCACGACCAUCGCCUUUGCUCCUAAACCUCAAGUCCAGAGCUUUGCCUUAUUCUUUUUAGUGCAUGCAUACACAUCAUACCUCAUGAAAUCAAAGGCCAAGAACAGAGGAACACAAGGGACUCCGAAUGGCAUGUCUAAAAAGGCAAAGGAGACAGACAUGACCAACUCACCCAAACCUAGUCUAGACUUCCCACCACAUGAACAGUUGAAUUCAGAGACAAGCGAUCGGCCUGCAACAAUGUCAGAACACACCUCGCUUUCCACCACAGUCCACAACCAUACAGCAGCAAUACUGGGCUCAGAAGGACAGAACACUUCUGAAUCAAAAUCCAUGCAGCAUACAGUACCUCAGGCUAUUUCUAAUGGGAUGGUCAUAAACGACACUUUGAGCUACGAUAGAAACGAACGGAGGAUCCCCAUGACAUCCAUGGAGACUGAGUACAUUGAGGCUCUGUAUUCGGAUCUAACAGGGGAGUCUCAGAAGAAUCAUAGUGUCAGUCUCAACCAACUUCAGGAUCCCACUUAUGUUCAUAACCCAGAUUUGGAAGAUCUGCCACCUCAUUCAUCUUCGGAAUCGGAUGAUAUCGACUAUGAAGACCUUGAUAGCUAUGAAGAUCAAGGUAGAGAUGGUGACUGCGAGGAUUUUGAUGAUGAUCUGGAUGUAUAUGAUCACGAUGACUUUUUAUCAUCGCAGGAGGCCAUUCUUAUGGAGCUGCGACGUGAGCAGGUUGAGUUUGAAGAAAAUGUUCGUCAGCUCCAACAACAGCUGCAGCGACAGGGGUCGCUUCUCCCCCUAUCCUCUAACGAUGGCGCUGAUCACGAGCAGAUGGUUCGCAAUGGAAAUCUACACACCGAAUCUUUAGAUCCAACAAGUAAUGAUAGUCGUUUGCGAGACCUUCGAUUUAAUAAUGCGCAGACCGAUUAUCGACAUUCAGCAGAAUUUCAGGAGAGGAUUACUCACAAGUGUAACCUUUGCAAAGAGCCUCGGUCGAGCCUUUGCUUGGGGAAAUAUGGCUGGAUAUGGAGGCCAAUGAUCAUUGAGGCAUUAGCUACAGCUGCAGCAGUAAUUGCCACGGUCACUUCGCAACAACUAGAGAAAUCUAAUACCCAUCGGCCUCACCGAUAUGAUGAAUUUUUACCAAAACCACAAAAGACGUCAGAGCUAGGCAAAAGAACUGCUUUUGCUUUCCCAUCCUUUGGUGGCAGAUCUCUCCAAUCCAAUAGCGCCCAGAAGUCUUGGGACCAUUCUUCAGGGUAUCAGCCUCCACCUAUACGACACAUGUACCGGGGCACAACUCCGCCAUCGCCUGCAAUGAUUUACCCGCUUCCACCAGAUUCACCAUACACAUUCAGGAGAAAAUCGAGUGAGUUCUUGGAGCCUGUCGGAGAAUUUCAUGAAUUUCAGUCAGCUGAAGGCAAUUCCCGGCAAGUUCUUCUGCACGUUUGGCCACCUUCAAAUCUCGACACGCCUCUGUUACAGAAACUAGAAGCUUGUUGUCGGGACUUUCAAGAGAACGAUAUUGUUCGAGGGCACAGCGGAGAUGGGUUCUUAAAUGGAUGGCGACCUUCCUGGAAGCAACCCCAUCAAACAGGAGUUUUGCGUUUCGGACAUUGGCGAGUGAGAGCCCCGCCAAGUCCAGGAGGCAGUACACGGUUAUAUCCGCCAUUCCAGACGCCUCUAACGCUUGCCGCUGGUGGAGGCUCUGUGUUGGGGCCUAGUACAAAUGUGCAUGGAAUUACCUCCAAUUACACAGCUUCUAAUUUAAAUUCACCGCAGUAUAAGAAUGGCGCUCGACCACAUCAACAGCAUCACCAUCACCACCACUAUCCAGGGCAUCAGCAUCAACAUCAAUUGUGUGAGGCCCAUGAUCCUACGAUAUUCCCAAAAAAGGAGCACAAGAUGGUGCAAAGUGUUAUACCAGAGAGUCAAGCUAAUACACACCGCCAUGAUACUAAUAGCCAUACAGAUGAGACGACACAACAGAAUGGCCACCAGGUAGCUCCACAUGAUCUUCAUUUAGAGUCUACAACACAAGGUCGACUUCUUCGCCUGGUUCGGGCCAUUCAGAUGGUGGAGAAAGUGAUCAUUGCUCGACAUCUGAGAUACUUGUUUCCAACACUUUAUGAAAAAUACCAUGGUCUUCAAUUUGGGACACCCCGACUGUUUGAUGCAGUGGCGACGGUUGCGUUGGCAAUGGAUGUGUCACCGCGGUUACACCACGACAAGGCGCAUACAAAGCACGGGUUUUGUUGGAUCGUUGCAUGUGGAGAUUUUGUGGGAGGCGAUCUUUGUAUUCCGGAACUGGGCAAGAGGGUAGUGAUGCGUCCAGGCACUGUAGUGGCCAUUCGAUCGACUGUUGUAGCUUAUUACGUCGAACGCUACGCCAGAAACACGAGCAUGUAUACUAUGUAUGCAUACACCAGCGAUAAUAAUUGGCCGCCUGCUACCUAAAUGCUCUGCAUUUUGCUAUUACUAUCACUAUUGUUAUUUUUCGGUCCCUUGUACACAGAAUAACGGUGAUAACAACGACAACCGGAAGGGUGCUCUCGACUCCCGAUUGAUUACUGCUGUGCGAAAACGAACAGAGGGUCUUCUUGUAAUAUGCAAGGAUGAAAGAGAUCCGCACAGCGUGAGUGUAUGCCAGUAUCGAUCACCCAAAGAAAAAG